AUGGCGCGCGCAAUACGCGUGGAUGACGCCCUGAGCAAGCUGUGCUCCAAAGACCAGCUAGCGCUCUUGGACGCAAUCAAUCAACUCCGGCUGCAGGGCCUCAGCAACUAUAUCUCGUUGCCGCAGAUUAUCGUCUGCGGCGACUACAACCUGUGCACGCGUUUCCCUACCGAGCUGGUCCUGCGCAGAAACACGCAAAGAAGCGCCCGCGUCUCCAUCGUUCCCCAUGAAUCUCGCACUGAGUCAGAAAAGGAAGCACUUCGCGAGUUUCGCGAGGAGCUCUCUGGAUUUGACGAGCUCCCAAAGUUGGUCGAAAACGCGAAGUCCAGGAUGGGCAUCACAGUCCACGGCAGAGCCUUUGCAAAGGAUAUUCUCCGCAUCGAAAUCUCCGGGCCAGACCGCCCUCAUCUCACCAUCACCAGGCAUCAGUCGAGCGCCGAUGUCAAGCUCGUCCAGGACGUAGUUCAAUCUUAUAUGAUCGAGUCGCGCUGCAUCAUCCUUGCCGUGGUGUCGGCCAAGAAUGACUUCGCCAACCAGAUCGUCCUGAAGUUGGCUAGGGAGGCAGACGAAAGUGGUGUCCGGACUUUGGGCAUCAUUACGAAGCCCGACACGUUGACUCGUGAUUCCGGCAGCGAAGCCAUGUAUGUGGCCCUUGCUAGAAACCAGGAGAUUGCGUUUCGCCACGGCUGGCAUGUCGUGAAAAACAUGGACUCCGAGAAGGGCUCAUGGACCCUUUCUGAGCGUGAUGCGCAGGAAGCUGAGUUCUUCAGCUCAGGGGUCUGGACCUCGCUGCCUCAGUCCUCUCUCGGAGUCGGUAAGUUGAGAAGCCGUCUCAGCAAGCUCCUUCUGGGUCACAUUGCUUCGUCACUUCCUAGCUUGAUGCGUGAAAUCAGUGACAGGUUCAAGAUCUGUAAAAAACAGUUGGACGAGUUCGGAGACCCAAGAGCGAGUUUAGACGAGCAACGACUCUACUUGAUGCAAGUCAGUCAAUCGUUCCAUACGCUGGUCAAGUCGUCUGUAACUGGCAACUACAUCCAUUCUUUCUUUCAAGACGCCAAGACCGAGCUAGGCUAUCGACAGCGCAUCAGGGCCAUUGUCCAAAAUCUCAACGAAGAUUUCGAGACUGAAAUCUCUACCCAGGGCCACUUCCGGGAGAUCGUGAACGGGCCACUCGCCGGGUUGGCUGGUACCAAGGCGCCGAUCAAGAUUGAAGAAGAGACCUUUAUCAGUCAGAUCGAGCGGUUAAUGAAAAAAACGCGAGGUUUGGCAGACCUGUUCAAGGAGCAGUCGCAACCAUGGGAGGGAAUCGCGCGCCGCCAUGUGGACAAAGUCUGGAAAGCCGCCUCGAACUUUGUCGAACUCAUCUUCGAACAUACAGCCGAUCCGUCGACGGCCAAAUCUUUGCUUCAUGAAGUCUGUGAGCCAGCAAUGAAAGCCAUCUUGGCAGAAAUGCGCGAGAAAAUCCAGGAGUUGCUGCGCCCGCAUCAGGAAGGCCACCCUAUCACAUACAACGAUGACUUUGCCCGGAAGCUCCAGGAACUGCGUCAUGAGAGAAGACGGAAGGAGAUCGAAAAGACUGUGUGCGAGACAUUUGGCGUUCAAUUCCUCAUGAACAAUUAUAAUUUAGCGGGGGGUUACAAUCUCCGACUUCUCGCCGAUCGCUUAAUAGGAAGCAAGGAGCCAGACGUGAAGCGUUCUGCCGCGAUCGACGCCUUGGAUUGUUUGAACGCGUAUUACAAGGUUGCCUUGAAGCGCUUCAUCGACGAUGUGGCCGUCGAAGUCAUCGAGGCCAAGCUAGUGUCGGCUUUGAAUAAGAUUUUGGACCCCGUGUCGGUCUACCAGAUGCCCACCGAUCAAGUCUCUCGCAUUGCUGGCGAGCCGGAGGAAACACGGAUUGAGCGAGAGCAACUGAACAGACAGCUCGAGGUGCUUCGGAACGGCUUGGACACAUGCAAACGCUUCAUUGGCUUUAGAUUCGGUGAUGCUUCUGUCAAUGGUAAACGCUCCUUUGAUGACCUCGACAGUGACUCCGAGCAGCCGACGGGUGGCGACUCGCAGAAGAAAACGAGCGAGCAAAACGGUGACAAGCGUCUCGCCAGCGGUGCUCCCCAAAACCAAGGGGAAGAGGAAGAAUUAUGACUCGGGGCUCAAAGCCCCGUCGGUGGACAAAGGGAAGAUAGAGAAGUAGAUAGGGAUCUCUCAGAAGACGAAGCAGGUCCAGGUAUGGACCCGGUAUUGGAGAUGAUGAUGUCGGAACAGCUAAAUGUAUCUACAACCCUACAGCUACUAGGAUGAAACCGUUUGAUGCGCUACUCAGCCGC